UUCAACAACAAGAAUGGUGCGCUCAUCAUCUCUCAUUGUGAUGGCAAUGAUUCUCAUCAUUGCUACUGCCAAUGUAAUGUCUUUAACUCCAACUCCUGUGAGAAAUGUUCCUGGCUUUGUUGGCGAUAUUAAAUUUGCUCAGUAUGCUGGUUUUGUUCCAGUCAAUGUUACUGCUCAAAGAAAUUUAUUCUACUGGUUUGUUGAAUCACAAAAUAAUCCAAGCACUGAUCCUGUUGUGUUGUGGAUGAAUGGUGGUCCUGGAUGCUCAUCAUUGGAUGGUUUUGUUACUGAACAUGGUCCAUUCCUUUUGAAUGAUGGACAAACACUUCGUGAAAAUGAAUAUUCAUGGAAUAAGAGAGUUAACAUGAUUUAUUUGGAAUCACCAUUUGAAGUUGGAUACUCAUAUUCUGUUCAAAAGGAUUUAGUUUGGAAUGAUGUUAAAUCUGCUGAUGAUGUUGUUAAAUUCUUGCAUACUUUCUUCUUUGAAUUGUUCCCUCAAUUUGCUAAGAAUCCAUUCUACAUUGCUGCUGAAUCAUAUGGUGGUCACUAUGGUCCAACAAGUGCUGUUGCUGUUUUACGUUCUGGAUAUCCAUUCAAUUUGAAGGGUUUCAUUGUUGCCAAUGGUAUUAUGGAUGAUCGUGAAGAUACCAACUCUAUUCCAAUAUUCAUGUAUCAACACUCUUUAAUUUCCAAGUCUGCUUAUGAUGAAGGUUUGGCCAAGUGUAGAGGUGAUUUCUAUGCCAAUCAACAAUUGCCAGAAUGUGCUGAUGUCAUUUCUAAUUAUUAUACCUCAAUUGUUGGUAUCAAUCCAUAUGAUAUCUAUGAUAAGUGUGUUGGAGAUGUUGGUCCAUUCGAUGCUGCCACUUCUAACACUGAUAUUUUAAAGCAAAAUGGAUGGUUCAAGACUUUGACUAAGAAGCAACCAUAUGACACAAAGAUUCAUCCACUUUUCACAUUGAGUCAAAGAGUUGGUUCAGGUGCUCCAUGUUUGGCUUACAAACCACAAGAAUAUUGGUUCAAUCUCCCACAAGUUAAGGCUGCUUUGAAUGCUAACUCAAUGCCAGCUGGUCACAAAUGGCAAAUGUGUAAUGAUGUUGUUAAUGGAAAUUACAAUAGAACUUAUUCUUCAAUGAUCCCAUUCUAUCAAGAAUUACUUUCUAAGGGUAUUAGAGGCCUCUUUGUCUCAGGAGAUGUUGAUUUGGCAGUUAAUUCAUUGGGUUCUCAAAACGGUAUCUAUGCCUUAAUGAAAACAAUGAAUGGUUCCAUUAAAACUCCAUUCACUUCUUGGUCAACCAACAAGCAAGUCACUGGUUUCUAUCAAAUUUGGAGUGCAGGAAGUACCACUUUAACAUUCAAGACUGUUAAGGGAGCUGGUCACAUGAUCCCAAUGAAGUAUCCAGCAUUAUCUCAAAAAGCCUUUUAUGAUUUCGUUUUUGCUUAAUCAGCUUAAUUUAUUAGAUAAAAAAAGUAAUUUUAAAUUUUC